AUGGUCCUCACCCAACUCCCAGCCUACUUCCAAGAAAAAGGCUGGCAGAACCCAAACAACGUCCUCGACGGCCCCUUCCAAUACGCCACCAGGACGAAAUCGCACUACUUUGAUUUCCUGGCAGGGGAGCCCUACUACCGGCAAGCAUUCAACACGGUGAUGACGAUCUCGCACCGCCGCCAGGGCCAGAACUGGUUCGACUUUUUCCCGGUAGAGGAGAAACUGGGCGGGGUGGCCCUCGAGUCCGAUGUCCUACUCGUGGACGUGGGCGGCAGCCAUGGUGGCGAUAUCAUCGCGUUCCAGAAACAGUUCCCCCACCUCCGGGGCGGCCCCAUGCUGCAGGACCUGCCGAUUGUGAUCGAGGCGAUUCAGGAAAGAGAGCUCCCCGACGGGAUUGAGGCGCAGGGGUACGGCUCUUUCGAGGCGCAGCCCGUGACAGGGGCGCAGGCGACCUUGCUGGAAGCGAGGCUGAAAGCUUCCUUGGAAUGA